AUGAAUGGAAUCAGACCUACAUUUUGGACUAUCAGCCUUCUGCUGUUCAGCGUUCUAGCAGCCGCUGAAGAUAAUAAAGCCCCAAAGGCCGAACCAAAUGUCGAAAUCCUCAACAAAGUGCUUAGUAAUAUGGAUGAGAGUGCCGAUCCCUGCCAGAAUUUUCAAAACUAUUCAGUUCGGUAUAUAAAACCAGUGAAGCAGCCGACUGUAAUAACCGAGUUCAUCACUAUGUUCGAAGAACUGAAUAAACAGACUUUUGAGGCGGGCAGCCUGGAGUGGAAGACGCAGCGGGUGUACAAUAUUUGCCUGUCUUCAAGAUUCGAUGGUCUAGAACCAGAGACAGUACUGACUGUAGAGGAACUGGAGCACAGGUUCCAAGUGUCCCUGGGCGAGUUUCUCAACUACUACUACGGUCGCUUUAUUUCACAGAACACCACAGUGCAUCUUAUGUACUGGAGAGACUUGUUACAAUUCAUAGAGCUACUGAAGAGCUUCGAUGCCAGUGAUUGGAAGGAUAAAGAAGAAAUUGAACACGUUUUUGAAUUAGCACUUGGGUUUCCCGAAAUCGAAGCGACUCAAAGUUGUGUCAAAUUCGUGGCAGCACGGAUGGGUCUAGCCGUCAACUUGCUGUACGAGGAGCGUUUCUUGGGCCCCGAAAAAGUGCGUCAGUUGCAGGCCAAAGUUCUCAAGAUUUUUGAAUCGGUUCGCCAGCAAAUCAACACUAGUCUGCAGGCAAACCCUCUAAAUUGGACCACCGCAGAGAUUACAGCUCUUCGGGAAAAUAUAAAUAAUUUUACUCUGAGCCUGGGUGGCAUUCCACAGAACGUAAAUCGCCGCGAUUACGUAACCGAUUAUUUUAAAGAUCUAGAGUUCUCGGACCGAGACGACAUGAAAAGAUAUGCCAAUAGAAAGUUUAGUCUUUGGCGACUGUUUAAAAGGCCAGACUACCGACCUUCGAACCCGAAUACAGUAUCCAUCAGGAAUAACACUGCAAUAGUAUCUUAUAGAUUACUGGCGAACCACACUUUUGAGCUGGAGAGCCAUGACCUCUUUCAGAUGACCCCGCUGGGCAUUCAUUUGGCAUUUUAUAUGCUGAAUAGUUACAAGCCAAGUAAUUGCAAGGAGUUCAACGAUACUCCACUCAGCCCUCGCUACUUUUACGUAGAAGACAUCAAUGGCACUCUACAACAAUUCUGCUGGAAAGUGCAUAUUGACAACAAGCUAUUGGCUAAGCAACACACGAUUCAUCUGCUUCUGGACCUGGUACAUAGGGCCUACUUCUCUCCGGACUCCAGUUUUAGCCAGACGCAGCCCAACUUCACCACCAAGCCGCUGAGUCAGCUCUCUUUCUUGAGGUUGGCCCAGAGCAGUGUCCAUCUAUUCGGUUUUCACACCGAACUGCUUAACAAUCUUUUGCCGAAGCAGCCGGCAUUUCUCCAAGCUUUUAAUUGCAAUAAAUAA